UUGAAAAAGGCUUAUGACUCUAUAGAAUGGAGCUUUUUAAGGAGUGUUAUGCAAGAGCUUGGCUUCCCUAAUCUCUUUUUGGAUUGGAUUUUUGCUUGCCUUUCUUCUGUCUCUUAUAGCAUUCUCAUUAAUGGGAAGCCUAGCCCUCCUUUUUCUGCUAAGAAAGGUUUGAGGCAAGGAGAUCCCCUCUCUCCUUUUCUUUUUGCCAUUGGGAUGGAAUACUUAUCAAGAAAUAUGGCUCAUUUACGGCAUGAUUCUAAUUUUAAUUUUCAUCCAAGGUGUGAAAAAUUGAAUCUUACUCAUUUAAUGUUUGCAGAUGAUUUAUUGAUGUUUUGCAGACACUAUUUCUACUAAAAUGCUUUUUCAAGCUUUUAAGCAAUUUUCUUCUGCUUCUAGAUUAGAAGCUAAUCUGGAGAAAAGCAAUGUUUAUCUUGGUGGGAUUGAUUUAGAUACCCAAAAUCAAAUUCUGAACAGUUUGCAGAUUCCUGCUGGUACUUUUCCAUUCAGAUAUCUGGGUGUCCCUUUGGCUACAAAAAAACUCUCUUAUGCUGAUUGCAAGCCUCUGAUUGAUAAGGUGGUUGCAAGAGCUACAGUUUGGACUGCUAAAACUCUGGCUUAUUCAGGCAGACUGCAAUUGGUCAAAGUAAUUCUUCUGAGUUUACAAUCUUACUGGUGUCAGAUUUUUAUAAUGCCUAAAAAAGUAAUAAAAGAGAUUCAAAGGAUUUGCAGAAACUUUCUUUGGACUGGUAAUAUUGUUUCCUCAAAAAAAGCUCCUGUCUCUUGGGAUACUCUUUGUCUUCCUAGAGUUGCUGGGGUUGGAGUAUUAAGGAUAUGUUGAUCUGGAACAAAGCUGCUGUCUGCAAACUGUUGUGGGCUAUUUCUUGUAAGAAAGAUAAGUUGUGGGUGAAGUGGAUUGAUGCUUACUAUACUAAGGGCAGAGAUAUCACUAGCAUUAGUUGUCCUGCUAACAGUUCCUGGGCUCUCAGGAAAAUUUUUGAAUGCUCUCAAAUCAUCAUUUCUGCUUCUGGUUGGGACAGAUUUAUCAAGAAAGGUUCCUUUUCUAUCAAGGAAAUGUAUAAGCACUUGCAUGGUGAUUUUGUGAAAGUCCCUUGGAGCAGGGUGUUAUGUCAAAACCUGGCUUCUCCUAGAAGUCUCUUUAUCUCGUGGCUUGCUAUGCAUAACAGACUUCCUACUAGAGCCAGAUUAACUAUGUGGGGUGUGGUGGAUAAUAGUUCCUGCUGCUUAUGUAAUACUGCCCCUGAAACUGUUGGACACUUAUUUUUUGAGUGUGCCUGGUCAUCGCAGAUUUGGACUAUGGUUCUUGCUCAUUUGCAUUUUCAGAGAGGUCCUGGUAACUUUACUAAUGAGCUUGCUUGGAUUAUGAAGAGUGCUAAAAAGAAGGCUGCUAAGCAUCAGGUGGCACUGAUGUUCUUUGCUGAGUGUGUCUAUGCUAUUUGGCUUCAUAGAAAUGAUCAUAUCUUUAAUCAAGGCUCUAAAACUGUCUCUGCUGCUCAGUUGUUUAGAGAUAUCAGAUUCAAGGUUGCUUGCAGAUGCAGAGAAGAAAUGAGGAAAUUUUUUUAGUCUCUUUGUGAUGUUUUUGUUGUUCUUUGUUUUUUUGGCUGUUCUGACCUUUGAGUCAGUUUCUUUUGGUGUUUUGGUGUAUCUUUAAUUGUUUUCCUUUGGUAGUUAAUAAAUUUCUUUAAUUGCCAAAAAAAAAGUAUAAGAUGGACAAAAACUUCAAAGAGAAGAGAAUACGAAUUUAUGGUAUUUUAUCAUACACUUUAAAUAUAAAUUGCCAUUUCAUUUUUCUCAUGUUUUGAAUUUUAUCCUACUUACACCAUGGAAUGCUUCUCAAAGACCGUACCACCCUCCACCACAUAUAAUAUGAUUAUACGAGAGUAGUGAGUUUCUUUAUUAUUUCAAACAAAUGGGACAAC